AAUUCAGUCGAGUAAUUUUUCGUACUGCUGACAACCAUGAAGCUCUCGUUGACUCUUCUCGUGAUCUUUGGUCUCGUUGCCUUCAUUGGAGCUGCUCCAGCUGAAGAAGACUCCGAAAUUCCAGAAGAACCAAAAACUGAAGAUGUCCCAGAACAAGAGGAAGAAACCCCAGAACAAGCUGACGAGGAAGAUGAAGAGGACGAUGAUCAAGGUUCACCCCUGGCGAAUUUAGAAGUUGAUGAUGACGAUGAUGAUCUUGAAGAUCCAAAAAGGGGAGGACGCCGCARAAAGCCCCUUGGAAUAUGCCCUCUUCCUUACAGGGCCCAUCGACACUGCAAGGGAAGAAGAGGUAGACGUGUAUGUAAGAAAUGCUGUGUCUUUUGCAAGAAGCUGUUCAAAUGGUGCCAUCCACUCAGAAGAUUUUGCUUCUUUAAAAGAGUCUGCCGACGUCGGCGCAUUGGCCGCUAUCGUCGUUUCGUCUGUAGAUACAGSCGUAUUUGCAUUCGCGCUCAGUCCGCUUGUGCCAUAGCACAUCGUUGUUUUGUAUUGAAGUGUAGAAGAGCCUAGGUCUUGAAAGGAAAAAUACUCAACAUGGAACGACCGCACGAUUGACCAGAUCUUUAAUAACAAUUAGAAUAGCACUCGGACAGUAMCUUAGUAAAGAAGGCAGCUUUUUAUUCYCAKUUGCGUCUACAGAAACCUUUUUUGUUAUGUGACAUCGCGCUGCCUUAUAAUUAAUUACAAUAUCAUGUAGUAAUUGAAUCAUUGGCAAUAAAAUUCAUUUAAAUCUGAAA